AUGCCUUCACUCGCUUCUCUUCUCACUGCCACGCUGGCUGCUGUGGGCGUUUUUGCCGCCCCUGCUGCCGACCCGGUCACCACAACCGACCUCGUCAAGCGCGCAUCCACUCCCUCCAGCACUGGGACCAACAAUGGCUACUACUAUAGCUGGUGGACUGAUGGCGCCUCUCCCGUCACCUACACGAACGGUGCUGGGGGCUCUUACAGCGUCACUUGGCAAUCUGGAGGCAACUUUGUCGGUGGGAAGGGCUGGAAGACUGGCGGCGCCAGAACCAUCAAGUACUCUGGCACAUUUGCUCCCGCCAACAAUGGCAACGCCUACUUGACUGUCUACGGCUGGACCAGAAGUCCUCUGAUUGAGUACUACAUCGUUGAGAACCACGGCAGCUACAACCCUGGUAGUGCAGGUACCCUCAAGGGCCAGGUCACCGUGGAUGGAUCUGUCUACAAGCUGUACCAGGCAACACGCACGAAUGCCCCCUCCAUCGAUGGCACCAAGACCUUCCAGCAGUUUUGGGCCGUUCGCGAGAACAAGCGCAGCACCGGCAGCGUCAACACUCAGACCUUCUUCGACGCCUGGAAGAAAGCCGGCAUGAACCUCGGCACCCACGACUACAUGAUCAUGGCUACCGAGGGCUACAAGUCCGCCGGCACGGCCAGUAUCACUGUCUCUUGA